AUGGGGGAACCGGAGAUGCAGUUGCAGAUCCACAACACGAUGACGAGGCAGAAGGAGGUGUUCCGGCCUAUAGUCCCCGGGAAGGUCGGCAUGUACGUCUGCGGGGUUACACCUUACGACUACAGCCACAUCGGCCACGCCCGUGCCUACGUCUGCUUCGACGUCGUCUUCAGGCACGGCUUCUUUCCCGUUUGUUGACGAGUUCCUCUUCUUUGGGUCGGGAGGGUUGGAGCGGGGUGUGUGUGUUGUUUGGGCGCUUAUCUGAAUUGUGUCCGCAGGCUGUGGUGAGGAUGCAGAUAGAUUUAUUUGUGUUUCAUUUGACGAGUCGAUCGCCCAUGGGUUGCAUCGUAGGCCAUAUAAACAGGGAUAGUUGACUAAAUUGGGCAUGAUUCCUGGGCUUUGUGCUUCCGGCCGUCCGUGGUACGCGAUGAGUAGAUCUUUCGACAGAGAUUAUAUCCGUGUGCUUAUUCAAUCACAUGGUUUUUAUGAUCUCAUGCCUAGAUGAAUGCAUAAAGGUGAAGAGAAUCACUAUCCUCUUGAUAAUGGUAGGAAGAACGACUAGACUUUCCGGAGCUUGAUUGGAUGUGGGGAUUGGAGCCUCACUGGGAUGCCUUAUCUUUAACUACUGGUGGGUUUUUCUCUGUGUGUGUAUCAAAUCGUAGGAUUGUGAUGAUCAGAUGCCAUAAUGACUGCAUGAAGAUGGAGGGGAUCACUACCCUCUCGAGAAUGGAAAGAAGAAAAAAAUGGAUUUUCCUUAGGUUGAUCGGAUUCCGGGAUCGGAGCUUCGUUGGAUGCCUUGUCUUUAACAAGUGAUGGACUGCAGGGGAGCAGAUAUCUUCAGUAGAUACCUGAAUUUCUUUUUAGAUACUACCAAGAAGGCUUUUGAAUAUUUGAAUCAUCUGAUGCUCUUCAUUCCAGCCAUCUUUCAUCUUUAAAUUGUAGCUGUUUGAUGGGUUGGGAUACUCUCCGAGAUCAAUAAUUCCCAUCAAUUCUUCAUGAUAUAUUCGGACCCCUUGAGAUCCAGGCUUUCCACAUGGGUUAAUCCUGGCGAUUAGGGUUCUCACUGGAAAUAUUGCUAAAUAAGAAUUAGCUAGCCUUUGUUGAUAUCUCCGUCUGUCUGUCUGUUUCUUUUGGCUGCAUGAAGUGAGAAUUUACUUUAAAUAGGUAUAUCAUAUAUUAUUAUAAAGUUGGAGACUUAUUAGUCCUUGGUUGAAACAGGUUUCUUAAACAUUUGGGAUAUGAAGUCACUUAUGUGCGUAAUUUCACUGAUAUUGAUGACAAGGUUGGUAUACAUAUCCAAACACCUUUGCUCUAUAUGCGUAUGAUAGUAAUUCUCUAUCUGAUUACUCACGAUAUUUUUUUAUAUCAAUCCAAAUUUAAUCGGGCAAUGGAGGUAUGUAAUGGAUGUUUCUGGUGUGUGCGCUUAUGUGUGUCAAUCUGCGUGUGAGAUUUGGAUGAUUUUUCUGCUUGUUUAGAAAGUUUUCCGUAGUUAAAUUGAAUAUCUUCUAGUUAUCUUACCUGAUUUAGUUAUUUUUGCCUAACAUUAACUAAUUUUCUCAUCGCUCUUACUGCUGCUGUUCAUUGCUAUCCCAAGCUGGAGGCUAGCCUAACAUUAACUAAUUGAGUUAUCUUUCCUAAAAUUAGUCUGACCAUUGGAGGAUGUUCAUUGCAUAAUAUUAAAUAAAAUAAAAAUUGGCAUCGAUGGUCUUUUUUUCAUUGUUUAUCAUAUUGAUGACCUAGAAUUUAUCUAAUUUAUUCAUUUGGCCUGGUCUUUCCUUGACAGAUAAUCAACAGAGCAAAUCUGUCGGGUGAGGAUCCACUGGCUUUGAGCCAACGGUUCUCUCAAGAGUUUCUGAAAGACAUGGCUGACCUUCAAUGCCUGCCACCAACCCAUGAACCACGUGUGUCUGAUCACAUUGACCAGAUAAUUCAGAUGAUCCAGAAGGUAUUCAUUUUCCUUAUCUUUGCUAUUUGACCUUUGAAUAUAUCUCGAUAGCUGGAAGAGAUUCAGCUAAAAACAAUUUAUUUUUUUUCCUGGGACACCCAAAUCUUUCCUUUGUCAAUCGAAUCUUCUUUUGACAUCUGAUUUCGUGUACUACUUUUGUUGCUUGAUCUUUCCAAUCUGUUAUAUCAUGGCAUCAGCAUAAUCCUGCAAAUGCUGCCUCGCAAGAAUGACAUCACAUGUUGAAUUCAACUCUGAUUCACCAAAGUUUUGUUCUCUGCUUCAUUCAGUGUGCUAAUGAAUUUGGUUCAUGCGUGCUCAGUAAAUAACCCAGUUCCUUCUAUACCCUUGCACAGUUGACUAUACCAGAGCUUAUAGAGCAAUUACUACCCCCUUGUGUUUUAGUUCCCUACAAGUCAGAAUGACAUCACAUGUUGAAUUCAAUUCUGAUUCACCCAGAUUUUUUUCUCUGCUUCACGCAGUCUACUAAUGAAUUUGAUUCAUGUGUGCUUAGUAAAUAAUCCAGUUCCUUCUAUACCCUUGCACAGUUGACUAUCCUAGGGCUUCUAGAACAGUUACUACCCCAUUGUGUUUUAGUUCCCUACAAGUCAGAAUGACCAAGGUUCUUUUCGUUUUGUUCCAAUUGUUUCAUCUUUUUUUGCGUUUGGAUUAUUCUUAAAAUAUCUGUUCCCAUAUGUAGCGUAAAAUUCUACAAGAAGAAUAAGGAUUUUUCUCUAGCAAUAUUUUCCACCUCAUAUUUCUUAAUCUGGCAUAAAAUUAUAAAUCCCAUACUGAAUGACUCUAAUGUCUGAUCAGCUGUUGUGCUCCAUAUACCAGAGCCAAGAGGCAAAGUUUAUUUUCUUUGUGUACUUCAGGCCAGUACUUUUGAUAUUUCCUUGCUUUAUUGGGGCAUUUUAGAGUAGGUGUUGGUUGAUAGAGUGAAUCACUACAAAUUUCGUGUGUUCUGUUCACUACAAAUCACUACAUGUUCUGUUCUCUCUCUCUCUCUCUCUCUCUCUCUCUCUCUCUCUCUCUCUUUCUCUCCCUCUCUCUCUCUCUCUCUCUCUCUCUUUGUCCUGUACUUUUUGUGUGCUAUAUGUGGGAAUUUGGGUUUUCCAAUCCUCAACACACACUUGGGUGCCCAAUUCAGCCCCCAGUGUCUCCUCAACCUCUCCAUAGUUGCGAGAAGGUACUGACUAAUGCCUGUCAUAUUAUAGACACUAUUAUUCCACCUCCCCUUUCGGGAACCUGUUCUUGGGUAUGAAUUUUUCUCAUAAAAAUACAUUCACCCUCGUGCAACAAUCUCUUUUUUCCCAAGGAAUCAUAAAAUUAUAAUGUUGUAUAAUUAGAGCUUUUGAUAACAAAUGAAUAUUCCAUGUGACGUUGUGUGAAAUCCCACCCACAAUUACUAGGGGUUUUAUAUCCAAUCAAGCUCUUUCAACUGGUGAUGGUGAUGAGAUUGAGAUAUUUGAAAUUAUUCUAAAUUAAUUAUUGUUCUUGAGUAUAUAUCACUGGCUUUAUUCAUUUUUUUAGAAAUACAUUUAUUCACAUGCAUAAGUCGAAUUUUUGUGUGAAUCAUUUAAUUAUUUAUACAUAGAUAGUGAGAGUUUUUGAUGAUGAGUGAAUAUUAGGUAUAACCAUACUCGAAAGACCCACAAUCAAUAUGGAUUUUGUAUCCACUCGGGCUCUUUCAUCUAGUGAUACGGUUGAAUGCUUGAAAUUACUCUUAAGUAGAUCAUAUUGUUGUUUGGAGAUAUAUCUCUGACUCUAUGCAUUCACCUGCAGAUCAUUGACAACGGCUGUGCCUACUCCAUUGAUGGAGAUGUCUACUUCUCUGUGGACAAUUUCCCCAAAUAUGGCCGCCUGUCUGGACGCAAACUGGAUGAUAAUCGGGCUGGCGGGGGUGGAAGAGUCACUGUGGACGUGAGGAAGAGGAACUCGGCAGACUUUGCCCUGUGGAAAGUGAGGAUUUUCGUACACAACCGCCUCCCUUAACAUGAUUCUGUGUGCUGGCCAUGCCAUCAAGCUCCAUCCUUUAUUUCAGUCUGCCAAGCCAGGUGAGCCGAAGUGGGACAGCCCGUGGGGCCCAGGGAGACCGGGCUGGCACAUCGAGUGCAGUGCCAUGAGCUCCCACUACCUGGGCCCACAUUUUGACAUCCACGGUGGAGGCCAGGACUUGACGUUCCCCCACCACGAGAAUGAGAUCGCCCAGAGCGGGGCCGCCCUCCCAGAGAGUGCGGUCAACUGCUGGAUGCACAACGGAUUUGUCAACCGGGACAACGAGAAGAUGUCAAAGUCCUUGAAUAACUUCUUCACCAUCCGUGACGUGAGGCCCAACCCCCUCCCCCCCUCCCAUCCUCCCCAUCAAGAAGUAGCCUUUUUUCGUGAAGUAAUCAUAUUCUUUGAAUCAUUACAGAUCACGGAGAAUUAUCAUCCCUUGGCCCUCCGCUUCUUCCUGAUGCGGACCCAUUAUCGAUCUGACAUCAAUUACACCGACAGAUUGCUCGAGACAGCCUCUGACCGAGUCUAUUAUAUAUACCAGGUAUGUAUAACUUUGUCUUUAAAUAUCCUUAAUUAGGUAAUCACCAUCAUCUUCUUCAUAAUCAUCAUCAUCAUCAUCAUCAUCAUAAUCAUCAUCAUCAUUAUUAGUAUUAUUAUUAUUAUUAUUAAUGAUGAUGGAAUUAUUUCUUGGGGGCCUUUUAUAGACUCUGCUGAGCCUUGAAGAGGCCCUGGCCACCUUUCGGGAGGGGAUCCUGGCCGACCGAAUCCCAUUGGAUGUCCAGCAGCUGACUGAGAAGUUCCAAUCCGGGUUCCUCACAUCGAUGCUGGACGAUCUGCACACCUCCUCCGUGCUGGAUGAUCUCAUGGAGCCGCUGAAGGCCAUCAACAACAAUCUGAAGAAGUUCAAGGUGGUCGCCUCUCCAUGGCUACAGCUUCUUAGUAUCCCCAGCCUGCUGCUCUCUUGCUGACCUGACUGCCCCCAUUUGAAUACUGUGACCAGGGGAAGAAGCAGCAGAUGCCAUUGAUACAGGGACUCACUGCCCUGGAAAAGGCUGUCAAGGAUCCUCUGAGAAUCCUGGGGUUGAUAACAUCUUCAUCUUGCUCUGAGGUACUCUCCCACUCUUGUGGGCUCAGCUUUCCUUUGCAAGGUCUUGCGGAUUCAUGAUUUUGGCCAAGAAAGAUCCACAGGUUCUAACACCUGCCCGUCUCUAUGCUCAGAUCCUAAAGCAGUUGAAGGACAAGGCACUGAAGAGAGCAGGCCUGACCGAGGAGUAUGUGCUAGAGCAGGUCGAGGAGAGAACCCAGGCAAGGAAGAACAAGGAGUACGCCAAGUCUGACAAGAUCAGAGAGGAUCUCUAUGCCAGGGGCAUUGCCCUCAUGGAUGAGCCCAAGGGGACCGUCUGGCGGCCUCGGGAGCCCCCCGAGAGCCAGUUUGACUCCGCCGUUCCAGAGACCAAGACCCCAGAGAACCUUCAAAGCAAGCUGCAGGAUGCUACUCUCAGCAGCCCAGCUCUGAAGCCUGCGGACCAGGCGGCUCGCCAGGAUCUGCCGCCGGAGAAUGGGGCGAAGAGUCCAGAUCCGGCGAGUCCAGCCGUCGAUUUGUCUUGA